AUGCCGCAGAUUCAGUACAGCGAAAAAUACUACGACGACGUGUACGAGUACAGACACGUGGUGUUGCCGCCGGAUAUCGCGAAGUUGUUGCCGAAGAAUCGGUUGUUGACCGAGACCGAAUGGCGCGGAUUGGGCGUGCAACAAUCCCGAGGUUGGGUACACUACGCGAUCCAUCGCCCGGAGCCGCACAUCAUGCUUUAUCGCAGACCUAAAGAGACCACGGCGUAG